AUGGAAUUUAUUUGGAUGGUGGCGGAGGAUGGAAUUCCGUGGAGAAUGCCGAUUUUAGAAGAACCCAGUUGGUGAAAUUUUUUAAGAGAAAAUUUGAAAAAAAAUGACAGUAUUGAUUUUUACUUGGGUUUUACUGAAAUUCAGAACAAUUUCGUGAUUUUGAAAAAAAAAUGUCCAAAAUGCAGAAUUUUAGUGAGAAGUAUUUGGAAAAUAAACGAAUUUAUACAAAUUUUAAUUUUUCGCGAUUUUCAGAACUUGACUAAUUAAUUUUUUUUUUGAAAAUCACUCAAUUUGUUAAGCUACAGGAAAUUCCUAUUUUUUUCCGCUUGAAGAACUAAAAGCUUCCAGAAAUGUAUUUUUAACUAUAAAAACUAGUCAAUUAUCAUUGCGAAAUAGGUCCUAAUUUUUAUGGGGCUAUUCAUGUAUUUUCUCAGCAUGUUGAGAAAACAGGAGAAAUGCGGAGGAAAUACAUUUUCUCCGCUUUUUUCGUAUUUUCUCAGCCUACCUGAAUAGGUUUUCUCCGCUUUUCUCCCGUUUUCUCAGCGUUGAAAAAUAACAUGAAUAGCCCCAUUAUGGGGCUAUUCAAGUAUUUUCUCAACACGCUGAGAAAACAGGAGAAAUGCGGAGAAAAUGCAUUUUCUUCACUUUUUUCGUAUUUUCUCAGCCUACCUGAAUAGGUUUUCUUCGCUUUUCUCAGCGUUGAGAAAAUAACUUGAAUAGCCCCAUUAACAAUGAAUAUUUUCAAGGUUUCCCGUAGCACUUCCUCCAAAAAUCGAUAUUCCAGAAGACGCUACUCAAGUAGAAUGGGAGCCUGUUCCAUGUUCUGCUUCAUAUUCUAUCCGCCAAAUUGCCGCGAGUUCCAAAACCGCUUUUGCUCUUGAUCGAAGCGGUAGAAUUUUGAUGUUAGUUCUUCCAACUCAUAUCGCAUUGCGGCAGAAAAUUGAAGUCUAUGUGAAUCAGGCAGGUUUUUUUGUAAUCAAAAUUUCAAUCAACACUUGAACAAAAAUCAAAAGUUUCUUCUUCUAGAGAUGGUAUCCUUUGGUAAAAUGGCGUCGACCACUUCCAACUGAUCGUUCUGAAUAUUCCGACGAAUCUGGGAAACUGCGCCGGGAUUUGGAAUAUUUCGAAGAUUCGCCAGUGGAUGGUUGGAGUUGGGAAGAACCAUGGAGAACUAAUAGAGAUCCGAGAAGUUUUGAUGAUCAGGGAUGGCAAUAUGCAAUUACAUUUUUGGGUGCGAAUAGUACGAAUUGGGAUAGACAGUGUAAACGACAUCAUUUUGUGAGAAGAAAGAUUUUGAGACGUCAUAUGAGGUUCACACAACAUGAUAAGUGGAUUGAGGUAAGAAAAUUUGGGAGGAGAGAGAAUUGGGAAUUUUUUGAAAAUGAACUAUUAUUUUUCGCCUUGAAAAAUUGACAUGUGAGAAAAAAUUAUGAAGAUAUUUCCACGUGGAUUUUUGAGAUUAAUAAAUUUUCAGAUUUGAUUCUGAAAAGUUUGAAUUUUAAAUUUUGUUCCAAUAAUUUUCCACUUGGAUUUUCCGCCUCGAAUAAUAAACAAUCCACGUGGCCUGACUCCCUUACAAAAAAAUUUGUAAAAAGUUGUUUUCCUGAAAACACUGAAAAUAUUCCAGAUUUUCAGCAACCCCCCUCCUCUUCUUCUAAACCCCUCUAGAUAUUUUCAGUUCUCACCCGAAGAUGACUCAAAAAUGUUUGUCGAAUUGGCUUGUGGUGGUGCUGAAAUUAUGGAAGACGGCGAGAUUUUGCUAUUCGCUUUAGGAACUGAUGGAAAUAUUUAUCGGUGGGGUUCAGAAAGAAUAUUUCUAUCAAAUCUUUCAAGAUCUUUUAAGGAAUCUUUUAAGAAAUUAAAAUUUUUUAGUCGUGCUGGAAUUCGUACGAAUAUUCCAAAUGGCACGGAAUGGUGUCAACUUCCGAAGAUCCAAAAUCCUUCUACAAACGAAGAAAUUGAUGAUGUCACACUUCUUGCAAUUUCUCCAACCUUAGGAACUUUGAUUUGUAUAACAUGGGAUGGUAAAAUGUAUCAAAGAAAAGGUAUUUCUUGUGCGAUACCAAAUGGUGCAAUUUGGCGCCAGAUUCCAACACCAAAAAAUCGAGCAGUGAUUGGUUUGACAAUUGGGACUGAAGCGAUUUGGUGUAUCACAGCUGAUGGAAUGGUUUGGUUUGCAAGAUUAGAAAUUGAUCGAAGAAAAAUGGAGCAUACAAAUAUUGAAGAGCUUAAUUUUCAAGAAGUCGCGAAAUCUGGAAUUUGUAGAAUCUCAUUGACAAAAAAUGAUCAAGUUUUUUGUGUUGGAAGUGAGAAAGAAGUGAUGGAAGUUAGAACUGGAAUUGAUUCGUCAGAACCAUCGGGAAAGAAAUUUGAAGUAAUGAAAUAUGAGGGAAAUGAAAAGAAGCGAUGGAUUUCGAUAUGUGCGGCUAGUUCUAAUCUGAGCAAUAUUCCCAAAUAUCUACUUGAUCCUCGAGUUUUACAAGCACGUCAAGAGAUUUUUCAAUUCAAAAAUACUUUUUGGCGAAAGCAAAUUUUGGAAUCAUUGCAAAUAUCUAAUGAUAAAUCGUGGGAAAUUAUGAAGGAUGUGAAAAUCGAGAAAAUAUCGGAUGAUUUUGGAUGUGAGAAUGUGGAAAGAUUUCGGAAAAUCAAAGCGCAAUUGGUGGUUUUUGGUGAUGGACAAAGACAGAUGAGAAGUGUGAAUUUGAGAAUUAGUGAAGCGGUUUUUGAAAUUGAAGGAGAGAGAAAUAUUGAUUGUGCAAUGGUGAGAGGGUUUUUGAAACCACCAGAAAAACAUUUGGGUUUCUAAAAAUCUUUUCAUAUUUAUCAGAUCCUCUCCUCGUUCUCCGGCUUCCAAAGACUACCCCAAAAAUAUCUUCUCCACAUUCUGGUCAAAAACGAGGCUCAACCGAUCAGUUUUGCAUUCACAGAUGAGUCAUCUAGGAAUUCGUGUCAAGAAAUUGUGGAUAAUGUAAGCUUUUGGCUGAAUUUUCAUAAGAAAACAUCAAAUUCAAAAUUUGUAGAUCAUCCGAAGUUAUAUCACAACAUCUGCUCGGAAUUCAUUGGGACAAUCAAUGUGGACAAUUUCGAAUUCGGGAAGUGUUCGAUGGCAUUGUUUGGCUGAAAUGGAUCCCAAAUUUGAGGUUGACAAAUAAAAAAUCGUAUAUUUAGAAAAUAUUUUUGUUUCAGAAAGAAAUUCCACUUUCCGACACGCGAAGCUUGACAGUUCCUGGAAAUUUUGAAUCAAUUGAUUGUGGCGCAAAUCGAUUGGUGUGGGCUGUGAAUUUUGUGAGUUACUAUAAACUGUGAGAAAACUUGAUUUUUGAUAGACACAGGGGAAGAAAUGAAUGUUUAUUAAUGAUAUUUCAAUAUUUGAAAAUUUUUCGAAACAGUGAGUUUUUCAUUAAAGAAUUUGUUUGAAAAAUAUUAAAAUUCCCUUUGAAAAAUUUUAAUUUCUUGAAUAAUUUUUGAAAAGGUGAAAUUUUUAAAUUCCUCCAGUCAGUCCGAUAAAACUUGGAAAGUUUCAUGAACAAAUCAUUCAAUUUUUGAAACAGUGAAAUUUUAAUGUUUGUUCGAAAUAAAUAAAUAGUUUUCUACAAAAGUUCACUGUUCGGAAUAUUUAAUUCCGAAAAUUUGCAGGCCGGUGAUCUCUACUCUCUUCACCCUCGUUUCGAUCCACUUUCCACCCUCGAUCACACCUUCGAAUAUCGCCAAACCGACGAACUUCGCCACGAACUUUAUGAAUAUCAAAAAUCGGCGAUUUUCCGAGGAUUUGUCACAUUCCAAGGUCAACAGAAAGGCGUUUCUGCAUGGAUGUCGAAAAAUGAGGGAGCAGCUCCGCAAUUUUAUUCAGGAUUGGCUUCGAAAUUUUGGACGUGGAUUGAUGCAGAAUGGAGAUUGGAAGGUACUUUUUUUUCUUUUUUUCUCAAAAAAAAACACUAAAUUUCAAUUUUCAUUUAGAUUCUGAUGAGGAUAGCUGGGAAUAUUCGAAUGAAAUCGAUGGAAAUUUCGAAAUCGGAGUUGGAAAAGGCGAGGGAAAAAUUCGAAGAAGGUGUUGGAUUCGUAGAGCGAAAUUCGAGACAAAUAAAUCGGUUUGGGCGAAAGUUGAAGGACCGAGUGUGAAAGUGGUUCGAGUGGCGAAAGUAGAGAAUCAGGUUAGCAUUUUUUUAAAGCUGCAAUACGACACUCCGCCUUUACGAAUGGAAGUUUACAGCUGUUUUUAUACAUUUCAAACUGAAAAUGAAUUUAGUAUCUUCGAUGCUUCGAAUUUUAGCAGAGUAUUAGUGUCAGAUUUCUGUAUUUCAAAAAAAAAGCAACAAUUACGAGACUCCGCGUUUACACUUCAUUAGUUUGGAGGAAAAAUUUGAAUUUAAAAAAGAACCAAUUUUUUGAUUCAAAAUUUCAAACUCAAUAUUUGAUUGAAAAACAACGAGACUCCAGAAUUACGCUUCUAAAUUUCAUGAUUCGAAAUUUAAAUCACUAAAAGAUCCUGCAGCUAUCUCUUCAAAAUUUCACGUGGAAUUCCAAAAAUCACAUUGAUUUUACAGAACUCUGUAACAGUAAUUACUCUAACUCGCGAUGGUCAUCUUCUUCUUCGACUUGGUGUAAAUCGAGAAAAUUUCACCGGAUCUUCUUGGUCGCAAAUAGUUACCGAUUCACCAAUAACUGCAUUUCACAUUCAGAAACACGAGAAAAUCUGGUGUAUAACAACAGAAUCUUUGAUAAUUUGGAAAACAUUGGUUGACACAGAACAAGAUGUUUGGAACUAUUUGGAUAUGAAUUUGCCGUCUCGAAAAGUUGUUGUAACUCAAAAAGAUGCAGAUAUCUGUGGAUCAAAUGAUAUUUUGUAUUUAAGAAGUCGAAAUGUUCUUUUUCGAAUUGAUUCAGCUAAUUUGACAUGUUCCGAUCCUUAUCCAAUGGAGAAUUUGAGACAAGCUGUUGUGAAUUUGCAAGGUAAAAAAUUACUUGGUUUGAAAAUGUUUUGAAUUAUGGAAUUUUUCCAGGUCAAAUUUGUCUUCUUGGUUCAAAUAUUUCGAUUGUUAAUGAAUGGAAAGUUAUGUUGUAUGAGGAUAAAAAGACAACAAUUAUCCAGCCAAGAAGUAUGAAUAGAGCUAUGAAUUUUGGAAAAUCGAUUAUUUGUAUUGCUAUGUAUUGA